AUGCGUACUGCACGACGGAAUUCGUGGGAGCAGGGUAUAAGGAUUAAUUACGUGGCACCUUGGUACACCAGUCCUUUUCCCUUCUCCUUCGCUGCCAAUCAAAUGGAAGCCUACAUCAAAUCCGCUAUCCGAUCACCCACUUACGAAGCCGAGCUGAUCAGUAAGGGUGUCGAAUUCGCACCGCAGGAAGACGUUGCCAAGUGUUUUAUGCGGAUUGCGACAGAUAGGUCUAUUAAUGGCCACUCGCUGAUGAUUACCCCGGCAUCAGUUGCGAAGGAGGGAUUUAUGGAUAUAGAUAUGGAUGAUUAUACCGAGGGGUAUUUUAAGAGGACGCAGGAUGUGCAGUUGCGCAUUAUUGAGGAUCAGUGGGUGGAGGGUUGGGAGAAGGGUAGGACGGCGGAAGGGGGGAAGAAACCCUAG